GAAGUUUUUGUUUAGCCUUCUAUUCAGUUCUAAGUUACUUCUUAGAGGUAGAGCAGAGUCAGCAACAAAGAGAAGAUCUUCAGUCUAGCCAUAAUGGCUACCAGGUUGUUCACUUCACAUGGCAGAGUGACAGCCUACCUUCCUAACUUCAGAGCUGCUGUCCAACAUUUCCGAAACUUUUCUUCAUAUGACAAAUUACCAAACAUUGAAAUUGAAGAUAUUGAACCAGAAAAACACACAAAGAAUCUAGGAGUGUUUGGUCCUGGAGAUAAAAGAUUCCCCCUGCCAGGGAAGAUUGGGGUAAAUGUUAGUAAGGCCAAAGUCCGCCCCUCCCCUCUCAGCCCCAGCAGUUGUCCACAGGAACUCUUAAAAAAUCACCUCCCUGAGGAGAGACAUUCUGAAGUUAUUGAACAGAUAAUCAGCCAAAUGGAGGAGUAUGAUGAGGAAUUUCUGAGUGAAUCUGAUAAUAGCCCUAUGGAGAUGCUGGAAUGUGUCGCUCAGCCUUGUCCUCAGAUCCUCAGGCGGGAUAUACAGGAGCUAUUCCCAAGCCGAAACCUUUCCAAAGACACCCUUACAGUGAUUACGAUUAGCCACAGGACGUCACAUGACAUGAGUGGGUGGAGCGAGGAGGUGGAGGAGGAGAGAGAAUUGUUGUUAGCUGCCUUCAUAAAAGGAGCUAGUGACAUUUGUGAGGCAUUAACGAAUUGUGGAUUCUGGGCAGAUUUUAUUGAUCCUUCUUGUGGGAAGCCAUAUCUAAGUGACCAUACAAACUCCACAUUCUUUGAAACGGAUGAAAGGUACAGAAAGUUGGGCUUUGAGAUAGAAGACCUCGGGUGCUGUAAGGUUAUUGCUCAUCAUCUGUGGGGGACACAUGCCUACGUGGGUAGUCUGUUUACGACUGCACCCACAGAUCACCCUCUCAUUGCAUGCAUGAUACAGAUUAAAGCCCAGUCAGUCAAAUCAAAAAAGGGAGGUAAUUCAACAUGUAAGGAAGACAACCAAUCUCAGCACUGUCAAACAGUGGAGCAGGAGAACUAGUGACCUUUGAACUUAUUAUUAAUUGUAUUGUUGUGUUAAUUACUCCAGGGAAAAGGAAUGUGAAUGCUAAGCCACAUUAUUGCUUUCUGUUUUAAAAGAAGUGCUUGCUUCAGCAUUUUUUCCCUUUAUUAAAAACAAAUAAAACAUC